ACAUAUACAAGAAAUAAGUGACCAUGUAGUGUAUAAAUAUAUAUUCCCUCUCCACACGAAGCCAAGCACACUCCCUUAUACUUGGCUUGAUUCGAGAGAGAUGGCAAAUCUCAGCAAUUGCAAUGAUGAUAGCAAUAAUAAUGGUUCUUUUCUCAAGAUUCCAAAGAUAAAGUUUACAAAGCUCUUCAUCAAUGGAGAAUUCGUGGAUUCAGUUUCAGGAAAAAGGUUUGAGACCGUAGAUCCAAGAACAGAAGAAGUGAUUACAGAAAUAGCAGAGGCUACAAAAGAAGAUAUUGAUAUUGCUGUGAAGGCAGCACGUCAAGCUUUUGAUUCUGGUCCAUGGCCACGCAUGCCUGGUGCUGAGAGAGCAAAGAUUAUGCUAAAAUGGGCAGAGCUAAUUGAAGAGAACAUUGAAGAGAUAGCAGCAUUGGACACCAUUGAUGGAGGGAAGCUAUAUAGUUGGUGUAAGGCUGUGGAUGUUCCCGAAGCAUCAAAUUUACUGCGUUACUAUGCUGGUGCUGCUGAUAAAAUCCAUGGAGAAGUGUUCAAAACUUCUAGGAACCUUCAUUUGUAUUCUCUUAUGGAACCUGUUGGUGUUGUGGGACACAUUAUCCCUUGGAAUUUUCCUACUGUCAUGUUCUUCACCAAGGCUAGCCCUGCCUUAGCCGCCGGCUGCACCAUGCUCCUCAAGCCGGCCGAGGAUACGCCUCUCUCGGCUCUCUUUUAUGCUCAUCUUGCUAAGCUGGCUGGUAUCCCAGAUGGGGUGCUAAAUGUUGUACCUGGAUUUGGUUCUACUGCUGGAGCUGCAAUAGCCUCACAUAUGGACGUGGAUGCGGUCAGUUUUACUGGUUCGACGGAGACUGGCCGGAAGGUAAUGAUGGCGGCAACCAUGAGCAAUUUGAAACCAGUUUCACUUGAAUUAGGUGGCAAGUCCCCAGUCUUAAUCUUUGAUGAUGCUGAUAUUGACAAAGCUGUUGACCUUGCUCUCUUUGGUAUCCUACAUAACAAGGGAGAAAUAUGUGUUGCAUUUUCCAGAGUUUAUGUUCAAGAAGGAAUUUAUGAUGAAUUUGAGAAGAAGGUUGUGGAGAAGGCAAAAACAUGGGUAGUAGGGGACCCAUUUGACCCUAAAGUUCAGCAAGGACCACAGACUAGUAAGGCACAAUUUGAAAAAAUUCUGUCCUAUAUUGAGCUUGGAAAGAAAGAAGGAGCUACCCUUUUAACUGGGGGAAAAAGAUUUGGAAACAAGGGCUACUACAUUGAGCCUACAAUUUUCUCUAAUGUUAAGGAGGACAUGCUAAUAUCACAAGAUGAGAUAUUUGGACCUGUCAUGGUGCUUUCUAAGUUCAAGAGCAUUGAGGAAGGAAUUGAAAAGGCAAAUAGCAGCAAAUAUGGACUAGCGUCGGGGAUUGUGACGAAGAACAUGGAUAUUGCAAACACAGUGUCAAGGUCCAUCCGAGCAGGCAUUGUUUGGAUCAACUGCUUCUUUGCCUUUGAUGUUGAUUGCCCUUUUGGAGGUUACAAGAUGAGUGGAUUUGGAAGAGAUUAUGGAUUGGAAGCACUCCAUAAGUACCUUCAAGUUAAAUCUGUUGCAACUCCUAUUUAUAAUUCUCCUUGGCUUUGAAAUUUUUUUCCCCUUUCAUAUUGUAUACAUUGCUGGAUAAACGCAACUAAAAUCGAUUUGUUUCGGGUGCUCAA